AUGGGAGACGAAACCAAUCUGGAUGUGAUCAGGACCUUGAACACUCAACAUGACAAGGUGCACGGCAAAAUCUCAGCGAUCGAAUCAAAGAUAGCGCAGCUGGAAGAGAAACGAAAGCAGCUGGAACUCACCCGAGAUAUGCUGCGAAAGAAUAUUCGGAAAUGGCAUCGUCGUCGACCUUUUGCGCCGUUCCUCCGACUGCCUCUCGAGAUUCGGGAAAUGAUCUAUGCCUGCUAUGUUGAAAUCGGCUUGUCUUUCCAUGUAGCCUACAACAUGAAGAUGGCUUUGGUUUCCAAGCCAAUACGAGAAGAAUUUCUAUCUUGGCUUGGCUGGAACCGGCCAUUGUUCUGGGUUGAUAUUUGCCCAGUCAUACAGAACGCGUACAGAUGGCACGGGCAAAGUCGAUAUGCAGAGCAGAGAGGUUGGAGUAGGGUGCCGACACAGAUGCUCAGACGCGUACGAAUGAUCGAUAUUGGAAAUGGACCUCCCCAGGGCAUCUCCACGUUGUUAGUGGCGAGCGGCGAGAUGAGGUUGAAUCGGCCACCGACCCCACCGGGCCGCCAAAAGGCCAAGGUUGAGAUGCGUUGGGACGCAUUCCAGCUUGUUGCUGCAAUGAUAGCCAAAGAAGGUACGGGUCUGAAGAGAUCGCACUUGAUGUGGAUUUCUGCUGCGUCGAGGGGGGAGCAGAGUUUGGCAGAUCUCGAGGCAGAGAUGCAGUAUGAGAUAGACAAUGGCCCGCGUGUCAGGACGGCUAUGGACGGUCUCUUCGAAAGGCAUGCACCGCGGCUAUGUCUCUGA